GUGUAGGCUUUCAGAGGCGAGCUAGCGGCCGCCGGUGGAGGGGACGCGCCGGGCCGGGCCGCAGCGCCCCGCCCCGGGGCUGCAGCCCUAGACUCCCACCCAGGCCCCGGCGCGUCCCCUCGGCAUGCCGCCCCCCGCCCUGUUCUGUGCUCUCUGCUGCGGGCUCCUGGCCGCGUCCGUGCAUGCCGGCUACUCCGCGGACCGCUGCAGCUGGAGGGGCAGCGGCCUGACCCAGGAGCCGGGCAGCGUGGGGCAGCUGGUCCUGGCCUGUGCGGAGGGCGCCGUGGAGUGGCUGUACCCGGCAGGGGCGCUGCGCCUGGCCCUGGGCGGCCCAGACCCCAACGUGGGGCCAGGAGUCGCCUGCCUGCGUCCCUCUCGGCCUUUCGCUGGCGCCCAGGUAUUCGCGGAGCGCACAGGUGGAGCCCUGGAGCUGCUACUGGCUGAAGGCCCUGGCCUGGCUGGCGCCCGCUGUGUGCACUGGGGUCCUCGCGAGCGCCGGGCCCUUUUCCUGCAGGCCACCCCGCACCGUGACAUCAGCCGCCGCGUGGCUGCCUUCCGCUUCGAGCUGCGCGAGGAUGGCCGUCCAGAGCUGCUGCCCCAGGCCUCUAGCCUUGGCGUGAAUGGUGCCUGCAGGCCUUGCAGUGAUCCUGAGCUUCUCCUGGCUGCAUGCACCAGUGAUUUUGUGAUCCAUGGGACCAUCCACCGGGUUGCUCAUGACACAGAGCUGCAAGAAUCUGUCAUCACCGUGGUGGCCUCCCGUGUCCUCCGUCAGACGCUGCCACUGUUCCUGGUGGGGGUCUCUGAGGGCCAGAGGCAGGCCUCCAUUAGAACACUGCUGCGCUGUGGUGUCCGCCCUGGUCCAGGAACCUUCCUCUUCAUGGGUUGGAGCCGCUUUGGUGAGGCAUGGCUGGGCUGUGCUCCCCGGUUCCAGGAAUUCAGACAUGCUUAUGCAGCAGCCCAUGCUGCCCACCUCAAUCCCUGUGAGCUGGCACUGGACUGAGCCUUCCUCUGGGGCAGGGUGCUGGGGAGGGGUUGGUGGGAGGGUAGGUGGGGAGACAGUGGCCUCCGGAUGGCAUCAAGAUGCUCAGUGGUUCUGAGGUGAUAAUAAGAACAUUGAUUAUACCAGC